AUAUUGAUUCGGCUCGGCAGCUAGAGAGAAAAAAGAACAAGCGGUAGACUCAACGUUGCGGUUGUAGUUUUCGAAUGAUUCACUGCAAAAUCUUUUUAAUCGGAUGCGUUCUGCAGAGAACUUAGCUAUACCUUUCGAUGGCUAGGUUAUUUAAUCAUAACUUGGAUUUGAGGAGCAACAAAUCGAACGACGACUCACUACAGAUUUAGCUACCGAAAGAUUAAGGGCUUCUUUCAUCUAUACAAACGGUAACGACGAGGAAAACUGUAGAGCAGAGGCUGAAUUGGACGCUGUCUUAGAUUUACUAAAUUCCCUAGGUAAAGAUAUAGAUAGAGAGUGUGAAAAGUCAGCGAUGAUUCGUAAAUUUUCCGUGCCUCCUGAGUCAUCGAUGAAAAAAAAUUCCUCUGAUAACUCAUUAAAUAAACAUAGACGGGGUUCCCUUCCGAAAGUUCCGCAGCCUCCUCUACCUCCGGAUAAUUUUGUUGCUCCACAUUGUGAAGCCGAUAUGGACUCCGCCUAUUCCGAAACUAUGUCUCUUCAAAGUAUGCCUAAUUCCGACAGUCGUUUAUCUGUUACGACUGCAAUCAGCCGACACAGUAGCUCGUCUUCGAGCAGUGGCGGUUCUCGCGGGGUUCCAAAUCAGCACUUAAAUCAAAUUCAGGCCGAAGAGGCCGCAAGGGUAAAAGCUGACAAGCUUCGCAUGGCUAUACAAAAGAUAAAAGAUGCUAAUAUUCGUAAAUUAUUCCUUCGCAUAUUCACUGCUGAUGGUUGCUCCAAGAGUCUCUUUCUAGAUGAAAGCAUGACCGUUCGGGACGUGGUUGAUGUAUUAGUUACUAAAAACCAUUGUAGACCUACCCCUAGCUGGGCUCUCGUCGAACAAAUACCCGAAUUACACAUGGAGCGUUUAUUAGAGGAUCAUGAGAGACUGGUAAGCGUCUGUCUCGAUUGGCCAAAUGAUAAGGAUAACAGUAACAGAAUUUUAUUUGUAAGAAGACCUGAUAAGUACGAUUUAUUCGCUAAUCCUCACGAUUAUCUUAUGACGAACGACGUCUGCUCUGUCCGACAAUUGGAGGCAGCUGAUAGAGAAUUACUAGUUACAGAAUGUUUUGCUGAUAAUGUUAUACGGGUACCGCAGCUAGAACAUUGUUUAUGGUUGAAGAUUGAAGGAAAGAAAAGUUGGAAGAAGCACGUAUGUUUGCUAAGGCCAGAUGGGAUUUAUCUUGUAAAAGGAAGGUGUAAAAGUGGACAUAUCGAGCUAAUGCCGUAUGCAUCUUUGGCAAAUGUUGAAGUAUACACGGCAAUUGAUUGGAAAAAACGUUUAAAGUCGCCGACCGAGUUCGGGUUUGCCUUAAAGCCAAGUCAUGUUCAUUCAAAAAAUUUGUCAAAGUAUGUUAGAUAUUUAUGCGCAGAAUCUAAAAAGGUUGCUAUGCAUUGGUUAAUGGCAAUUAGAUUGGCAAAAGUCGGCCAUCAACUGCAUGAAAAUUUUGAGUCGGCUAAAGCUAGCGUUGCGGCCUGCAGUAGAACUAACUCUUUCUGCAACGGUUGUCUAUCACCGCAGAGUGGCUUGGCGCCACCUGUAGGCCAUCGUCGAGUUCCCAGUGGUGAUUCUGGAAUAUGCGAGGAAAGAAAGCUAAGGAGAGAGGAAUACUUUCCGGAAAUUCCGUCGGCAGAAUCACUGGAAGCUUUAAACCAAAUCUGCAGAACAACAAGUUCUCUUUCAAUAUCGUCCGAUGUAACCCUGCCACCACCUCCCAAGAGUAACCCAUCGUCACCUGUCGUUAGUAGACCUACUCACAGACGUAACGCAAGUGCUGGAGAAAUAUUGGAUACGAUCGAUCUUCCCCCACCCCCUACAGAACUUCUAAUGAAUGAACCGGAAAUCGAAAAUCCUUAUGCCUCUCCCAAACGUUCCUGCCAACAUCCGCCAGUUGUUCCAAUCCGUAAUCGUUCAACUCAACUGAGCUUCCGACACAAGAUGGAGACAAAUUUUUAAGAAAACACUUAAAACAAAACAAAACAAAACAACCAAAAACAUUUUCAUUACCCGAAACAAAAACUUAAGAAAGAAAGCAUAACCCUCUUAUACUUCUUUUUCCAGUAUUGAUCGUAGUGGACAUUUCUCCGUAGAAGAAAUUUAGCUUAAAAAACACUAUUAAAGCAUAAAAAAAAUAGUAAAAAGCGUAAAACAAACAAAACAAACUAUCCAAAAAUAACAAACAAAUAAGAGAGAAAGCAAUCUUUUUGGAUGCAGCUAGGAGAAAGAAUAGGGAACAUUUUCUUCCCUUUUUUUUACUAAACACUUAAACUAUCACCUUCUCUCCCUUCUUCUCCUUCUCCUCCCAACAAAAAAAAAAGUUUUUUCUUUUGCAGUGCCAUAUUUUAUCAGAAAAAAAUGAGAAGAUUCUCUUUUUAUUAUUCAUUAAUAAGGAAAGAUGAAGAAAUCACAUGUGCAGUCUUUUAAAAAAAAAGCUCUUGUUCGUAGUGAAAAAUUUUACAUUUCUUUCUUUUUCUUUUUUUUUUUAGAGAAAAAAGUAAAAGAAGUAUUUCUACUCUUUAUAAGUUUAUUCAUCUCAUCUUUAUCAGACUAUACGUGUAUACAAAUAUCGAUCAGAAUAUAAACAACCACAGUAAUACUAUCAGUAUAUUAUAACUUUAUCUGUAAUUGAUUAUUCCUUCCUCUUAAAGAUUAUAGUCUCGUCAAUAAUAUUUCAUAAUAAA